AGGCAAUGAACUUACUACAGGUCCUGUUAUCUUCUUUUUUACUUGCAGUAGAAUCUCAAGUUGCUCCAAUUGUGCAUCCUGCCUUAUUAGAAGGCCCACAAAACGAAGUAGUGCCAUCAUUAAUCUUCCCUUCAAAUCGAGUUGGCUCCAAAAACCGGCUAAGGUCACGAGUCUUUCGAGAUGCUUCUUCACAAGGCUACAAAGGUCUCGUAGACAGCCCACGACUGUUCAGGGCAUCUGGUCGUUUCCAUAAACGAGUUCAAUCAGCAACCACCCAUGAUAUUCAGAAUGUCCCGUUACCACAAGAAACUCUACAAAUUGUGUCAUACAAGUACGAUGCGGAAAAGCAUGACGAGAAGAAAAUGUCCGACAACGACGUUAUAACAAAUGAAGAAGCUGAAGAUCAUGCACGUGGAAUUGAGAGAACAACAAUGUCGAUUAAACCAAGAGAAGGUGAAAUCACUGAACCAAUGACAACAACCACUCAAAUGCCAGAACACAAUUCUAUCAAUGAAAUCAGAGAAAAUAGUAUUCAACCAGUUCGUCCAAAAACAUUUUUCCAAACGGUAACAGCUAAUGGAUCAAAUGCUCCACCAAAUCAGAAUGCUCAGCUACCUCUUCAACCUCAACCUCCAUUGGUAUUCACUCCACAACCACCAAUUGCUCCUCCAACAUUUACAAUGCCAUCAUUAGUUCCACAGACUAUUCAACAGCUUCCAUCAUCACUUCCUCAACAAGGUAUUACAAGACAACAGCCACCGCCAGCAUUUCCACAGGCUUCUCAAAUGGGCUUGAACCCCGUUGGAAUGCCCCAUCAACCAUCGAAUCCACUUGUUGCUUCGAACUUCAACCAACCACAGCAACCAGUAACACUCACACCUCUGGGAACUAACCCAACGCCAACUAUUGGAGGGCUCCAGCAACCAAAUUCCUUAAAUUCCGGCGGUUUACCUCAACAGCAGCAAUCAGCUCUUUCACCUAACCAUAAUGAAGAGAAACAUGACACUCCUGAGCAACUUGGAUGUGGCUGGGAUUGGCUUACAAAUUCUUGUAAAGAUGUAUUCGCUCUUAACUGGUGUGGAAAAUGUCAUGAUUUCGGAAAUAUUUUCCUUCAUGACUGUAAGUGUAUUGCUCCAUUAAUUCCACUUCCAACAACUGUUCGUCCAUCUCAACCACCACCUCCGCAUCCUGUACAGCAAAGACAUCCAUUGUUCUUUUGGCUUAUUUAAAUAUUGACAAACUCCCCGAAAUUAAUUAUCUGAUAUUCGACUCGAUCUCCUUUGGUUUUGUAAUUCUCUCUUCGCAUGUUUUAUAGUUUGAAACUCAAGAACUUUUUGAAAAAAUCAAAAUAAAAUGUAUUUAUUUAAUAUAUUAAGUUAAUGAAAUUUUAUAAAUUUCA